AUGGAUUUAACUCAGAAUGAGUUUAUCGAAGUGGCAGACGCAGGACGCAAAGGCAAGGGUGUGUCUGCGAAAGUGAAUAUACCUCUUGGCACGCGCGUUAUGUCCGAGCCCGCCCUCAUCGAACUUCAGCUUGACGAUAACGGAGGCUUUACCUCGAUGCAAAUUUUACAAGCAUUCGCACUUCUUACGCCUUCUCAACAAGUUUCAUUUCUUGAGCUCAGUGGAUUUGGGUGUCCAGCAUUGAAGGCUUCCGUCUCGGAAGAAUUCCAAAACAUUUGGGAAAAUAUUCCGGAGCUGCAGCGCGACGUGAUUUCUAUUUUCAGAAAAAAUACCUUCGAUGGCAUGCUUUUCUUGACCGGUUCUCGCAUCAACCACUCCUGCAUUCCGAAUCUCAUCUUCGCAUACAACCCCAUAAUCGGGAAAGAGACAUUUCACGCUAUACGCGACAUUGCGGCAGGUGAAGAACUCACCAUUAUGUACAUCGACGGUGUCAAUCGCCCCCGAAAGUGA